AUGUCGGAUGUUUCGGAUCGUAAACUUGUCAUAUUGACAGAAGAUGGUUUUGAACAGACAUUUCAGGUCAAUCAUCUUGCGAAUGUUAUUUUAGUCUAUGAAUUACUUCCUAGAUUGAUUGAAUCGGGGCCGGAUUCAAGAAUUAUUUUAGUUAAUAGUGCGUUACAUAAACCCGGCGUUGGAGCGAAUUUAGAACAUGGAGAAAAUCGACCAAUAAUGGAUAUUGAAAAUUUAGAUGGGUCAAAAAUGUAUUCUCCCUUGUUAUUCUAUAGAAAUUCAAAGUUGGCACAAGUAUUUUUUGGAUAUUAUUUGGAUAAAUUAUUGAAUAAGAAAGGUGAGAAGGAAAGAAAAGUUGACGUUGUAAUAGUUGAACCGGGAUUCUGCCCUACAACAGGGUUAGGAAGGGAAAGCGGAAUUUUUGCCCAAUUAUUUCUUAAAUAUAUUAUGCCGUGGGCGCCAUUUACCAAGACACCCGAACAGGGUGGAACCAUAAUCACUUAUGCUGCCACUUCGCCAGAACUUAAAAAUAAAAGUGGAAUUUAUAUUAAUCAAUCUUGCCGAAUCGAUAAAUCCAGUGAUGAAAGCUAUGAUGAAGAAAAACAAAAAUUCUGGUGGAAAACUAGUUGUGAUUUACUUGGAAUUGAAGAAGAUUGGAGUGGUUUAAUUUUCAGUCAAAAAGAAAUUCUCGGUUAA